AUGAAUAGAAUUAAUAACAAAGAGGACAUUACUGUAAUUUGGUGCGAUUCAAAGAUCGGUUCUAAUGAUUAUGUAGAACAAAUAAAGAAACAAUUACGUCAAAUCAAUGAUUUUAUUGUAUUUCAUACUCAGGUCGAAUCUUGCAUUAGUUUCAUUCAAUCGAUUCAUAAUGAAAUAGUCUUUUUCAUCUCUUCGAUUUAUGAUGCACCACAAAUAUUGCCUCAUAUUGUAACUCUAUCUCAAAUUGAUAGUAUCUUUGUCUUCAACUGGGAAAAAGUCGAUAAUGAACAUUUUGUUCUUGAACAUUCAAAAUUUAUUGGUAUCUAUGAUGAACUCGAUUUAUUGUGUUUAUCAAUUCAAGAGCAAGUGGAUUUGCUCGAUCGAGAUUUACAAAUAUUCAGCUUCUUUGAUCAAAAUGAACGCUUGACAAAAGAUCUAUCAAAACAAACUGCUGAUCUUCUUUGGUUUCAACUUUAUCAUGAUGUUCUUUUUCAGUUAACAUAUGAUGAAGAUGCUAAACAAGAAAUGAUCGAUGCAUGUCGUUCCUAUUAUCGAGACAAUAUCAAAGAAUUGGAAGUGCUUAAGAAAUUUGAAAAUGAAUAUCGUUCAGAAGAAGCACUUCAAUGUGCAUCAAAUGAAGGUCAACUUAUUAAAGAAAAAUAUAUCGAAGACUCACAUCGUCAAAUGGAAGAUUUAAGUAUCAAAAUUCUCUUUGGACGAUUGAUGUGUGAUAUGGGUCAAUGGAAUCAAUCACAACACUUCUUUCAACAUUUAUUGAACAACUCGAAUACCAACAAUGAAGAUCUCGUAAAGAUUGAGUAUAGUCUUGGCGAGGUUCUUCAAUGGAAAGGAGAAUGGAAUGAAGCACGAAAAUAUUAUGAUCGUGCUUAUGAACGGAUGACGAAUAUCAAAUCAACACAAAUCAAGGAUUCAGCUAAUAUACUCUUCAAUAUUGGUGAAAUUCUUUAUCUAGAAGGAAAGUACGAAGAAGCUCAGAAUUAUUAUGAGCGAGCAUUGGCAAUACGAAAACAAAACAUUGGCUAUAUACAAAAGAAACGAGGAAAGUAUGAUGAAGCUCUUGAUUUUCAUCAACGAGCACUAGCACUUCAAGAGAAAUAUUAUCCAUCUUAUUAUGCUAAAAUUGCCAACACUCUCAAUCUUAUCUCUGAUCUACUACUUUACCAAUCAAAAUAUAAUGAAGCUCUAUGCUAUUGUCAACGAGCGCUAACCAUGCAGAAGAGCUAUUACCCUUCAGGUAGUGUCUCAAUGGCCUUUAGCCUCAGUAGUAUGGCUAACAUCUUACAUAAGCAAGAAAAAUACAAUGAAGCUGUUAAUUUGGAUCGACGAGCACUAGCAACUAUCGAAAAACAUAAUCCAUCUGAUCGUUCUUCCAUUGUUUCUUAUAUGAAUAAUAUCGGAGUUACAUUACGCAAGCAAGAAAAGUAUGAUGAAGCUCUUGAUUACCAUCGAAGAGCACUCGAAAUGCAAGAAAAAUAUUAUCCAUCUUGUCAGCAUGAGAUAGCUAAUACUCUCAAUUACAUCGGUAAUCUUCUCAUUAGACAGAAAAAAUUCAAUGAAGCCUUGAAGUUUUAUGAAUGUGCACUUGAAGUGCAAGAGAAGUAUUAUUCAAAUGGUCAUGUGGACAUUGCGACAACCCUCAAUAAUAUUGGUACAACAUUUCAUCGACAAGAAAACUUCGAUAAAGCAAUUGAAUAUCAUCAGAAAGCAUUAGAAAUUCAAGAGAAAUAUUAUCCAUCAGGUAGUGUCUUCAUAGCUGAUACUAUCAAUCAUAUCGGUCAUGUUCUGUACGAUGAAGAAAAGUGUUUAUUAAUUAAAGAAACUAGCCUACCUUCACAAGAUCUAUCCAUCACUAACAUACUUGAUUGGUUGUCACAAACUGUUAUCUAUGAUACACUUUCAAAAAAAAAGACAUUCAUGCGACAACAACUCCUACUCUGUUGGGCGAGCGUUCUCGCUCUGAUGGUGCUUCCAUCGGAAUCUGUACUGAGUUCUGGCUGUGGAAAACCUCUGCCAAGUGAUUUUUCUGCGGGUCAAACGACAUCAAUAAGGGUUCCCGCGGCAAAUGGUCAACCCGUUCGUCACUACAAGGUGCACCUCUCAGCCAACUUUCAAAACAAUCGAGGACACGCUAUUGUCUUCUCCUUUCAUGGUCACAAUGGAGAUAUGGACAAACAAGAAGAUCUAUCUCAAUUAUCUCAAAAAGGUCUACUUAUCAGCGGUGCGGGAAUCAUCGCUGUCUAUCCUAAGGGAAAGCUGGGGACGGAUGGACAGACUGCUUGGCAAGGUGCGCCAUAUUCUGCUCCCGGUGUAGAUGAUAUUGCUUUUGUGAACACAAUGAUCUUCACACUCCAAAGUAUAUUCUGUGUCGAUUCGUCUCGAAUCUAUGCAACUGGCAAGAGUAAUGGUGCAGGAUUCGUCAACCUUCUCGCCUGUACACCAUGGAUAGCUGCAAAGUUUGCCGCCUUUGCAACUGUCUCAGCAGCUUUCUAUACGACUACAUUCAACGGAGAUUGUCCCACUCAACGUGCCAUACCCAUUCUCGACUUUCACGGUACUGCAGACAGUGUGGCGGCAUAUAAUGGUGGACAAGCACACGGUGCGCCGCAGGUCAGUAUUAACAGUUUUCGACAAGGAUGGGCAUCACGCAAUGGAUGUCAGGGCAACGCGACAAUCUCUCAUCUAUCGAAAGGAACAGACCCUCAACAACUGGUUGAAAUUCAAACGUGGAACACGAACUGUAAAGCAGGUGGUAUUGUUAUAGGAUACAAGAUCACUGAAGGGCAACAUGGAUGGCCUCGUACAACAUUACCAGCAAAAAAUAUAAAUCAAAAAACACAGCAAGGUGGUAGUAUUAUUGAUCAUAUCCUUGUAAUUUAA